UCAGCAUGGGGGUUUACGAAGAGAAAAAGGAAGCCUGUGGGACCAUAUGCUUGAAAUACCUCCUGUUCACUUUUAACUUUCUGUUUUGGUUGGCAGGGGGCGUUGUGAUGGCAGUGGGAGUUUGGACCUUGGCGGAGAAGAGCGACUACAUCAGCCUUCUCUCCUCUAAGACCUACGCUGCCUCCGCCUACAUACUGGUCCUCGCUGGAGUCAUCGUCAUGGUAACAGGCGUGCUGGGCUGCUGUGCCACUUUCAAGGAGCAGAGAAGGCUACUGCGAGUGUACUUUGUAUUGCUGCUGUGCAUCUUCGUGUUGGAGAUCCUGGCUGGUGUUCUGGCUUACAUCUACUAUCAGCAGUUAAAUGAGGAGCUGAAGCAGAAUCUGAGGGACACUAUGGUUGCCAAGUAUCGUCAAAGCAACCAGGACCACGUCACCAGGGCUGUGGACACACUACAACAGGAGUUCAAGUGUUGUGGGAGCAACAGUUCAUCUGACUGGAACACAAGCGCCUGGAUUCGCUCCGGAGACGCCGAAGGCAGGAUGGUGCCUGACAGCUGCUGCAAGACCCCCUCAGAGAAGUGCGGCCUAAGGGACCACCCCUCCAACAUCUACAAGGUGGAGGGUGGCUGCAUCACUAAACUGGAGGAAUUCAUCCAGGACCAUCUGAAGAUUAUUGGAGCUGUGGGUGUUGGGAUUGCUUGUGUGCAGAUCAUCGGAAUGGUGUUUACAUGCUGCCUGUAUCGAAAUCUAAAGGCAGAGCCAUACUGAGGGAAGCAAGAGAAGAGAAGUGUGUGGGUGAAGGAUGCAACUUCAUCACUGCAUGCCAUACUCAAAUAGCCCUUAGGUUCUUUUAUGUGCAUUGCACAUUUGGGAAGAAGAAAUUGGCAAGAGAUUUAAUUGCACAUCUGAGGCUCUCAUUUUGGAAAAAAGAAAAAAAUAUAAGUAGAAAAACUAUAAAAGGAUUCUUGAAGUAAUUAGGCACCGAGAUUGCAGUCUCAGCUACAUCUUCACGAUUAUGCCGUGGAAAGGAAAAGUUUCUGAGAGGAACUGAGGGGAAUUCUAACACUGUGUAAAUUAGCAUGGAUAGCCUCCUUUGGAUGAAAACAUUGAAAGUUUCUUUCACUCCAAUUCCCACAAUGUAUUUUUAAUAAACGUAAACCAGUUGGAACACUGAAGAGUGGUUUAGAAAUAAGCCACAUAAAACUGGCACUUUGGAGGAAGUGUUAAUCCUGGUCACAGCAGCUUCCGUUUACUACUGUGGGCUUUAUCGAGCUCAAAUAUUCUUCAACUCCACUCCAACUUUUGUUUCUACAUUAGCUAGACAUCCUGCUUGUAUUUUAGGUUGAACCUUUUAUUAUUUUGUUAAUGAUCAUUUCUUUGAACACCGGAGGUGCUUUCUUAAGAACUAGUAUUUCAUUGCCUUUAUAAUGUUUCUUUAUAAUCACAUUAUGUUAUUUUAUUUGUGAUCAACUGCCAAUUUAAAGACCUUUAACGUGUUACCUCGGUGCGGCUAUGUAAGUGCAGUAGCGUCAUGUCAUCACGGUUUUAUUACUCUGAUGUGUGAUGGCAGAUGUUAAUGAAGGGAUUUUGACCUCGUUAAUGACACAGGUCGGCCCACUAAUUACUCAUAAGAAAGUGCCUAAUUUCUUUGAUUGUACUUCUUUUUUUAUACAGUUAAGCCAAAGUCAUAAACUGUAAGAAUACUACUGUAUCUCCUCCAUAUCUACUGUACUGAUGUCUUAAGAUUUUCUUAAAUUAAGAUUUUUUUUUUUAAACUUUUCUAUACAACUCUAAAUAUAUUAAUGUAUUUAACACACUGCUUGGAGGAAAUUACAUUUCCACACUUCUCAAUGACCUUUUCCUGUGUGCCUGAAAGACCGCACUAAAUGAAUCUGCUGCAUUUUUUUUCCUCCUUUAUAUACAGUAUUUUAGUUUGAAUAAACAUUGAUGCACAUUC